ACCUUAAGGGGCGCGCUGACAUCAGCGCGCCGCCGCUGCCCGUGGGGUGGGAUUUCCUCCGCCGCCGCCGCCGCCGCCACCGCCGCCGCCGCCGCCGCGGGUCCUGCGCCGCGAUCAGCCUGCCCGGCCCGACCCCGGCCGGCCCCGCCCGCCCGGCCCCGGGGAGGGAUGCGGCGGCGCGGUGCCCAGGAUGCCCCGCAGCCCCGGGACGCGCCUCAAACCCGCCAAGUACAUCCCGGUGGCCACGGCCGCCGCGCUGCUGGUCGGCUCCAGCACCCUGUUCUUCGUGUUCACGUGUCCAUGGUUGACCCGAGCGGUGUCCCCAGUCAUUCCAGUCUACAAUGGCAUCAUCUUCCUCUUUGUCCUGGCCAACUUCAGCAUGGCCACCUUCAUGGACCCUGGCGUCUUCCCCCGAGCGGAUGAGGAUGAGGACAAGGAGGAUGACUUCCGGGCCCCGCUGUACAAGAACGUGGAUGUGCGGGGCAUCCAGGUCCGCAUGAAGUGGUGUGCCACCUGCCACUUCUACCGCCCACCACGCUGCUCCCACUGCAGCGUCUGCGACAACUGCGUGGAGGACUUCGACCACCACUGCCCCUGGGUCAACAACUGCAUCGGGCGCCGCAACUACCGCUAUUUCUUCCUGUUUCUGCUGUCGCUCAGCGCGCACAUGGUGGGUGUGGUGGCCUUCGGCCUGGUCUACGUGCUGAACCACUCAGAGGGGCUGGGUGCCGCGCACACCACCAUCACUAUGGCUGUCAUGUGUGUGGCCGGUCUCUUCUUCAUCCCCGUCAUCGGCCUCACCGGCUUCCACGUGGUGCUGGUCACUCGGGGGCGCACCACCAACGAGCAGGUGACAGGGAAGUUCCGAGGGGGCGUGAACCCCUUCACGCGUGGCUGCUAUGGGAACGUCGAACAUGUGCUGUGCAGCCCCCUGGCACCCCGGUAUGUGGUGGAGGCCCCCCGGCUGCCCCUCGCGGCUCGCCUGAAGCCACCCUUCUUCCGGCCAGAGCUGCUGGAGCGAGCCGCGCCACUUAAGGUCAAGCUUAGUGACAAUGGGCUGAAGGCCAGUCUGGGCCGAAGCAAGUCUAAGGGCAGCCUGGACCGGCUGGAUGAGAAACCCCUGGACCUGGGGCCACCCCUGCCCCCCAAGGUGGAGGCCAGCACAUUCAUCGGCGACGGGCAGACCGCACGCCCUGGCAGUGCUGAGAGCGCCCUGUCGGCACAGAGGACCAACCCCCCUACGCCGGCUAUGUACAAGUUCCGGCCCGCCUUCCCGACGGGUCCCAAGGCGCCCUUCUGCGGGCCAGGGGAGCAGGUGACCGACUCCCUGGCCCUGGGGGACGACAGCUUGGACUUCGAGUCAGAGCCCAGCAUGGACCUGGCCGAGUACUCGGCCGGCGGCCUGCGCUCCGCCUACCCGCCGUCCCCGCCGCUCAGCGCCACUGACGCCUUCUCCGGCGCCCUGCGCUCCCUGAGCCUCCGGGCCACGGGGCGGCGGGGCGGGGACCACGUGGCGCUGCAGCCCCUGCGCUCGGAGGGUGGGCCCCCCACCCCGCACCGCAGCAUCUUCGCCCCCCACGCGCUGCCCAACCGCAACGGCAGCCUGUCCUACGACAGCCUGCUGAGCCCCGGCUCGCCCGGCGGCCGCGCCUGCCCGGCCCACCCCGCGGCCGGCUACCGCUCGGCCUACCUGCACCCGGGGCCGCCGGGCGACCCGCCGCGGCCCCCGCCCCGCAGCUUCAGCCCCGUGCUGGGCCCGCGGCCGCGCGAGCCCUCGCCCGUGCGCUACGACAACCUGUCCCGGACCAUCAUGGCCUCCAUCCAGGAGCGCAAGGACCGGGAGGAGCGCGAGCGGCUGCUGCGCUCGCAGGCCGACUCGCUGUUCGGCGACUCGGGCGUCUACGAGGCGCCCAGCUCGUACAGCCUGCAGCAGGCCAGCCUGCUGGCCGAGGGGCCGCGGGGCCCCGCGCUGCGCUUCGGCUCCCGAGACGACCUGGUGGCGGGGGCCGGCUUUGGGGGCGCCCGCAACCCCGCGCUGCAGACGUCGCUGUCCUCGCUGUCCAGCGCCGUGAGCCGGGCGCCGCGGACCUCCUCCUCCUCCCUGCAGGCGGACCUGGCCAACAACAACGCCCCGGGGCCCCGGCCCGGCAGCGGCUCCCGCAGGUCGCCGGCGCGCCAGGGACCACCCUCCCCGCCCAGCGCCCCCCGCUCGCCCUCCUAUGCAGGCCCCAAGGCCGUCGCCUUCAUCCACGCGGACCUCCAGGAGCCGCCACCCGCCCUGGCCAUGCAGAGGGACCACCCUCAGCUGAAGACCCCCCCAAGUAAGCUUAACGGGCAGUCCCCAGGCCUGGCCCGCCUGGGUCCCGCUGCUGGUCCCUCGGGGCCCCCCGCCAGCCCUGCCCGGCACACGCUCGUUAAGAAGGUGUCUGGCGUGGGCGGGACCACGUACGAGAUCUCGGUGUGAGGACUGACCGCCACGCGUCCAAUGUGGCACCACGAUUGGACCCCCCUGCGGCAAGGCCCUCCCUCCAGACUUCACUGCCCAGGCCUGGUGCGGAUCCGUCGGCAGGAGAGCGCCACCCGCCCCUCAGCCAGUCCUUCCCACUCCGCACCUCUGUCCACCCAGCGGUUCCCCUGGGUGUGGCCAGGCCAAGGGCUUCGGGAUCUGGCAGUGCCCCGUGCCCUAGCUGGGGCAGCUGGAUAUGUGCUGCAUCUGCAUGGACUGCCCCUGUGUCCCCAAGGUGGUCACCAGCCUGUCCCCACCCACUGCCCUUCCAGAGGCCUCUGCGGCCCAGACACAGCUGCGGGCCUGCCUCCUGGCUGCUCCUAACCCAUUGCCUUUCAGGGACCCGCUGGAAGCCCGGAGCUUGGCCAGGCCGAGUCUUCUGCGGGGAGCCCAGCCCGGCGGGAAGGACAGCCAGCCAGCUGGGGGUGGGGUCCCAGCUCUGUGUGUUCUGUCUUCCCAGCUGGUGGGGGGCGCAUCCCCCUGUCUCUGUGCUGAGCUGCCCUGCCAGUGUCCCCUGUGUUCAUGCUCGGGCCCCGCCGCUCCUGCCGCCAGGAAACUCGCUUUCAUUGAAGCCUUAACCUCUGCUUUAUGCUCUCGCGGGGGCAGGCGGGGGCUGGCACGGGACAGAUGCCGCCCCGGGGGCCUUGUGCAACCAGAGGACCCCUCCUUGCCAAACUGGAGAUGCUUCGGCCACAGGCCACCGUCAGGGCCUGACGGGACCCCCUGGGGGCGGAGGGGGCUCCACGUUCCUCCUGGCGCCGGGGGCCUGAGAGUAAGCACACGGCAGCGUCCGCUUGCGUUGUGUCUGUUUUAUGUUUUUAUAUCGACAUCUAUAUAUCUAUAAUUUUAUUAAAAAAAGAAAAAGA